GGGAGAACAAGUCCAGCGUCUUCGUUUUCGAAGAGGCAUGGUAAGUUGAAAUUCUGAAAAUCAAGGAGCCUUUCCCGGAGCAGAGCAAUGGAGCCCGAGGAGCACUUUUUCUCGGAACCAUACAAGGCCUCCCAUAGACCCACCGGGGCGCUAAAAGCACCAGGAAUCCUGCUGCGAAGAGCACCCGUCACAUGAGGCGUUAGCUGCAAGCCCUUUCGCAAAUGUCCUUUCUAUACCCUUCCAUUGGCACUGGCCAUCAACCAUAAGUUUUCCGCUGUUUUUCGAGAGCUAUACGUUCAUGGUGCUCGCUUCUAGUGAAACUUGGCACCUGAUCCUGGGCCUUCCUUCUCGAGAAAGGUAGGAAACAAAACCAUUCAGUGUUAAAACGGAGCGCUUUGACCUGUCCAGACAUAUUGGCAAAAUAGGCAUCAGUCUAAGGCAGCAAUGCGAUUUCAGUCAGCCGCCUGAGAUGCCCGUCAAGCCUCAGGUACGUCGAGAUUCUUUUUGUGACACCCAACACAUCAAUUCCGACUACAAUCAUCACAGAAAAAGAUCUAUUGAAAAUGGAAUCCAUAUUGUGUGACGAUGAUUCUUCUCAGGAAGCGAUCGCUCGAGCUCGUCUUCAGCGGGAUGUUCUUUCUACGAUCACGUCUGCAAAAAGGAGACCCAAACUGCUUAAGAGAAACAUCGAAAAGCUUAAAAAUUACCUGAGAGAUCCAUUACUGGACAUCAAUUUCCAGAUAGACGGCAUGUCACCCUUGGCGAAGGCGACAUUGGAGUGGAGAGUGCUCAAUGAACUCUUGCAGCACGAAGGAAUCAACUUGAAUUUUUGCAACUCUGACGGCCGAACAAGCAUCUUCUUCGCUGUGGAAUGCCGUCCUACUGAUUCAUUAAGGCUCCUAAUAGAUAAAGGGGCUCUUCUCGACUGGAUGGAUAAUGAAGGCCGUACUUCGCUGUCACUAGCGGCAGAGCUUGGGCAUUUUGACCACGUGAGAAUUCUCGUCGCAUCUAAUGCGGAUAUCAAUUUGGCAGAUUCAAGAGGCUGGACGCCGCUAUUCUGGGCAGUGUCGAGGCAGCAUCUUGAAACUGCAAAAUACCUCCUCUCAAUUGGAGACGUGAAUAGCGACCAUCAAGAUGUCAGCGGUCGGACUCCUUUAUCAAUUGCCGCAGAGACUGGGAGUGCCGAAAGUAUAUGGUGCCUGAUCCAUGCAAAAGAGAAGGGAAGGCGAUUAAUCGGGGUUGAACGUGACCUACUGCUAUGGGCAGUUUUUCGCCGUGAUAUGGAAACUGUUCAACUCCUACUCGAGGCUGACAAUAGUCUGGCUAAUCAUCGCGUUAAAGGUCGCACCCCGCUGUCUAUGGCGAUAGAGCUUGGAGAUGUCGGUAUAACCAAGCUUCUCAUCAAUGCAGGAGCGGAUUUGCAGGCAUUAGAUGAAACCAGAUGGCCUACCCUGAGCAAGUGGCUGUUUGAAACUUAUUUUCCACCAGAGGAUGUUCUGCUGGAAGUUGAGAACUUCUCUGUCAAUCAUCAUCCAACAAAAAGAUCUCCAUUAUUACUUGCGGCAGAGUUUGCACAUGUCGACAUUUUGCAGGUACUGCUUGAUGCCAGUGCAAACGUGAACUCGGUUGACGCAAAGAGUUGGACAGCGCUAGCAUGGGCUGUUGAAAAGCGACACGACGCUGCAGUCGAGGUUUUACUCGAGACCCCGGGAAUUUCCGUGGACUCUCGAGAUGCGACUGGCCGAACCCCUCUGAUGAUGGCAGCAAGUCUUGGCGAAAUCAACAUUUUGAACCAAUUACUCAAAUCGAAUGCAGCGAUCGACUCGGAGGAUGAGCGAAAGUGGACAUCGCUCUCCUGGGCUGUUGCGAAUAAUCAUAAGCAGACAGCGGAGCUCCUACUCAGAGUAGCAGGAGUAUGUGUAGACCAUCAAGAUGCACAAGGUCGUACUCCCUUUUCGCUAGCUGCAGAGCGUGGAUUUACCCUGAUUAUGCAAAUGCUCAUCGAAAAUGGGGCAGAUCCCCAUAUUUCAGAUGACGAAGGCCAUACAGGGUUUUGGUGGUUUCUCAGAGCAAGGUAUGCCUUGUUUACCAGCUCUUCAUAUCGUUUGAGCCGGCCCGCGCUUGGUGAGACGGUAAAUCCUUUUAGUCUCCAGGCUUUAGUCUACAACCUACCAACACCAAAUAAAAAGGAUCGAAGCGGUCGCAACUGGCUCUCAUGGGCAGCGGAGUAUGGAGACGACGAAGUUGUACGGUGUUUCCUACGGGUCGAGGACAAGGCGGAUAGAGUGGACAUGAAUAUUUGUGAUGGAACCGGAGACACAUUUUCCCGGACUCCAUUGAUAUGGGCAUUGGAGGGGGGAAGUACGACUUCAGUUGAUCUGUUAAAAGACGGUGACACUAUUUCUUUGCAUUUAUUGGUCGAAGGUAUAAGUCCAAUAGAACAAGACAACGUUUUGGGCUUGGUGACCAGCCUUCUUCAGGCUGGCUAUAAUCCCAACCAGCCUGACCAGAAAGGAAAAACUCCUCUGCACAUUGCAUGUCUUAAGGGAAGCGGAGAACUUGUUUCAGCUUUGAUCAAAGCUAAUGCGAAUUUGGGCGCCAGGGACCAUACUGGCAAGAUCCCUUUGCAAUAUGCCCUGAAAGCGCAAAGCAAAGCUGUCGUGGAUCUAUUGCUCAAUGCUCCAUCAUCAGACCUCAAGCCUGUCCAGUCACGGGAAUGGUUUACUAUGAAUGAGCUAGAACCUUCCUGGGUACAGAUCACCAGGAGGAUACAAAACCGCGGCUUUCAUUUGGAAUUAAUCAAUGAACUCCACUGCGACUGGGUGCCCGGAGCCAAAGAGGCAAGGCUAUGUAUUUGCGGUAACCCAACCAUAUGGUCGCUCUUACCGUGGAGAUUAGGUGUUCACAACAAGCUCAACAAAGAAGGCUAUUACUGGAACUAUGCCCACGAAGAUUCUGGCCAUCGGUUGGUAACCUAUAUUUCGCUCGCCAUUCCAUACAAGCAAGAGAAAGAUGACUAUCCAUGGGGUAUCGCAUGGACUAGCAUGACGACAGCAGACGGGCUUGCUUCUGGAUUCAUCAGCAUGCUUCCGAGCGGCUGGGUACCUAAUGGUCCUUCGGACUUUUUCAGACUGUUCCUUGAGGCUCUACACCAUAAAUGGAAAGCAACCUGUUCUCAUGCAAACACAAGAGUUGAGGCCUUGCGACAUGAUCAAGUCAAAAAGCGUGGUAGGAGUCACGGUCUCGUCAAUGAGCUUGCCAAGGAUGCUUUGGAGCGUGCAGAUCUCCGGCAAUGUUUGCAAUCGCACAUCGAGGGACUUCUCACAGUGGUCAAAACUAAUAGUUCACUCGAAGAAAAACAUCAACUUGAAGGAGAAAUCAGCGAACUCGACCUGGAAGUGACCGCAAAGCUUGACCAUAUGGAGCAAGCUGUACGAGAUCUUUUGCAGAUUGUGAGCUACCUUGCAGAAUUCUCCUCCAGGCACUAACAUCAACUCCAAAGGAGCUUGCUUGGGUCUCCACAAACGAAGCAGCAAGUUUUAAGCGUCUUAG